AUGUGUGUCGGAAAAACCUUUAAACAAAAAGGACGAUGCGUCCGACCCGAAGAGUCGGUAAUUUCAGCAAAAGAAAAGUUGGAAGUCAAAGUGGAUUUGCCUGUGAAAUUAUCUAAAAUCAAAGUUGCUGAAGAAUCAAAAACGCCUGGCUCUCCUUGCUCAGGAAACGACGUAUGCUCAGGUGGCUCAAGAUGUGAGAGCAACUUUUGCGUUUGUAAUGAGUACGAAGUCAUUAUCAACAAUCGAUGUGUUGGAAGUCAUGCCGAAGCAGAUGAAGUUGUUGAAAAACUUGCUAUUUCUGCACCAGGACAGGCCUGUCAACCAGGAACCAAUUGCACCGGCGGGUCUGUUUGUAUUGAAAGUUUCUGCCGUUGCGAACGAGGCUACAUACUCCCAUCAGGAGUUUGCUCCGAGGAUUUCAGUCCGUCCUCUGCCGAAACUUCUCCCGGCUCUCUCUGCACUUUGACAAUGCAAUGCCCUUUCCGGACUCAGUGCGUCAAAGGAGUCUGCCGCUGCAAACAAGAUGAGACAAUAGUGGACAACACUUGCCGCAAAGCAAUCAACAAGAUCAUGCCUGGCUCAACCUGCGAUCCCAAAAAAGGAUACGAUUGCGUCGGGGAGUCGCUCUGUCUCUAUGGAGUUUGUACUUGUAUGAACCCACUUUUCUCGAACGGAAAGGAGUGCGUGACGAUUGCUGAUAUCAACAAAGUAGAGCCCGGAAAACGUUGUCUUCCUUCUGACCAUUGCAGCGGCGGCUCAUUCUGCGCCUUUGACGGCGUCUGCAGAUGUCCCAUCAACGAAGUAUCUGAUGUGAACAAAAAAUGCGUCAAAAAGUCGUCAGUCGUCCCUGUUCAAAACAAAGAAUUCAAUAAUUUUUGGGAAGCUACAACCGUCAACUCUAUGAUAGUUGCUCCACCAAUGAUUCAUGUGGACUAUAGCCAUUUUCCUGAGAAAAUUAACGAAAUGGAAAAACUAGAAAUGGAUUUGAAAAACAACAUGAUAAGCUAUAACGGCGGCAGUAUGGGCAUAACUGCAAGCAAAAUCGAAGGUCAUACGUGUACCGAGAACUCUCAAUGCCCACUGCAUUCAUUCUGUUUCGAAAACCUUUGCAACUGUAUGAGCGGAUUCCGAGCAGGAGCUGGUUUUUGCGAGCCCAUAAUAAAAGUCGGAGAAAGUUGUAUUAACACCAACCAAUGCGAAGGACACGCCGUAUGCCUUUUUGGCAUUUGUACCUGCACUAGAGCUGAACCUAACGGCUGCGAAAAACUGACAAUGACGCAUCCGGGUGAAAACUGCACAAUGAAAAACAACGUCUGCAGUUACAACAGUUACUGCAGUUUGAUGAGCGGCGUCUGUGAAUGUCCUUCUGGAAUGGCCACGACGAACAAAAAGUGUGAACAAACCGUCGAAUCUCCAGGAAAUGCUUGCGUCACAUCGCGGAACUGUCAUAAGUUUAGCUACUGCGACAAUGGUUACUGUAUCUGCAAAGAUGGCUAUGCUCUGAUAAAUAACUUCUGUCUCGUUCCACCAAUAAUUGAACCAUUCGAAACAACUGUUCCCAUGCCAGCCAAUCGCAACGACGGUCCGAACCCGCCCAUCGAAGAACGCCUCAAACAAGAUUUUGCAGCGCUUGGUGCUAACAUUUUUCAAAACAAUUUUGUAACCCCUUUCUCCCCUCCGAUUCAAAAAAUCACAAUGCACUCUUUUGAAAACAGUCUACCAGCUCCAGAACCUCAACUAUUGCAACCGAUAGUGGAAUCUUCAGCAAUAGGUCAUUACGCCGUUCCAAUCGCCCAAAGCGCUCCUAUCGUUUCUGGAGACAAGGCGUUGAAAGCUGAUAAUGAAAUAAAUAAUGCCGUCAAAGUCUCUUUGCCUGGGGAAUACUGCCAAAAUGGUAUCAUUUGCCUAGGAAACUCAAUAUGCAGAAAGCACUUCUGCCGAUGCCCACAAGGUACCGCUGCUGAGAACGGUAUUUGUACAUCAGGAGAAAGCUCAAUCAGAUAUUCGGCUCCCUCGCUUCUCAACCACGGUAAAACCGAUUUCGCGGAUGAGAGACAGUUUUCCUUGCCAUUGGAAAAUUGCCAAAACUUCGAGCACUGCUUGGGAGAUUCAGAGUGCGCUUCCGUGGAUGGCCUCGGAAUGAUAUGUCAAUGUCUUCAUCCAAAAGUAUUAAUCGAAGACGAAUGCGUUGAAUUGGAAGAGAACAAAGAGCUUGUUGGAAUUGGAGAAAAGUGUGACGAAUCUUCGAUCUGCAUUGGUGGCAGUAAUUGUAACAUGGGUCUCUGUGAAUGUGGCGCUGGGAGACGUUUGAUACUGGGUAUUUGCAUCAAAACGGCGAUGCCUGGAGAUGAUUGCUCCACUGGAGAAAUAUGUUUGGAUGGAUCAUUUUGCUCAGGUCCAGCAAGAGUCUGCAUUUGCCCUAUAGGAAGCAAAGCGAAAAAAGACAAGUGUCUCGAUGAAGAAGACCUCGAGAAACACAACGACGAGAGAGAAAUGUUGCUGACUGCAGGACAGCUUCCUGGAGAUGCAUGCGGCAGUCAUGCGAAAUGCACCGAUAAUUCUUUCUGCAACAUGGAUGGUAUUUGCCAAUGCGCUCAGAACUUCACGAAUUUCGAGAAGAAGUGCGUUCCCGCAAAUAUGGUUCAACAUCCCGGCCAAGAAUGCGACGACGGUACCAUUUGCUCAUCUGGAAGCUAUUGUUACGAAGGAAUCUGUACUUGUCAGAAAGGCAAACUUCUGAUUGGUAGUGAAUGUCUUUCUAUCUCAAAAAGAGUUGCCAGAAAGCAGCCGAACGUUUCAUUCAGCACAGGACAGUGCAGAGACAACAUGGAUUGCCCAACGAGUUUCAUCUGCCUCGACCAAUUAUGUGUUUGUCACGGCAAUUCGGUCGAUUGUUUGUCCCUGAUGUACUAUGACACCGAGCCUGAGUGUGAAAUCGACGCGGAAUGUGGCGAGAACAGUUUUUGCGAAGAGAAAGUCUGUAUCUGUCGUAAAGGAUAUGCUCGGAAUAACGAGACAAAAUGCGAAGAAGUGAGAAGUGUGAAUCCCGGCAGCAGUUGCGAUGAAGUCCGGCGAUGUGACCACGACGCCAUCUGCUAUCAAGGCUUCUGCGUCUGCAGCUACGAAGACAUUGUCAAAGAAGAUCAUUGCGUGGCUCGGGAUUUUAACAUCGGGUUUGGCGACCGUUGCAGCAAUACUUACCGUUGCAUGGACCAGUUUGUCUGCGUUGGCGGCGUUUGUUCCUGCAAGUUCGGUGAUGUCAGCUGUAAUCGUGAGUGAAAAAGAAUGGAUUGAGGUGGUUGCUAACAUUGCAUGUCUUUUUCGUUGUUUAACGUUGACUUUUCAGUUGUUGUAUUCAUGUUCUUAUCUAAUCAAAACAAUUUCAGCUAACGAGCCAGUGACGUCGCCACCUGGUGGAUCUUGCUCUGGUGCCCGAGAAUGCACAGGAGGCUCUGUCUGCAAAGAAGGUCCUUUUUAGCCGUUUCUGCGCCUGAACAUGCCUUUCUCUAUACGUUUUAUACCCAAUGACUCACUGGAUCGUUUAUGUGAUACGCAAUGAAACAAUUUCCAAGUUUUUCAAAGCAAAGACCUGUUAUUUCUCAAGGGUGUCUUUAAAAUUUUCAUGAAUUUGAAACUCGAUUUUCAGGAUGGUGCAUUUGCCCCGACCCUUCAAUGAUUGUCAACAAAGGAAUCUGCGUUCAAUCUGGCCCGAAGCCAACUCUGCCACCGAAAGUAUUCCAAUCUAUUCUCAUUUUUUUGAUUCUCACGUUUUCCGCAGAACUCAAUGACUUUUGCUCCUCAAACUUCUGCUCCAAUUUACCAGUCCGCUACUACAAUGAAUAUCGUCCCUACUUAUCGGCCAACCGUCAAGGUAAUUUCGAAUAUUUUUCAUUCAUCUUAACAGUACGAUUUUCAACAGCCUGUCCCAGUCAGCAACUACCAACAGCCGCAGAAGCCAAUCGUCCCAUCGACUCAAGGCAGGAAGACAGUCCCUGGAUCGCAGUGCGGUACGCAAAAAUAGCUUUUUUCCCCAUCUUUUAAGAGAGCUUUAAGAGAAACAGAAAAAAAAGCUCUCUGCAAAUCAAAACCUACUUUUUUAAACAAAAGGAGCACAGAAUUUUUCCUAAUUUCUAAAAGAACACUGAAAAAACAGACGAUCAAGAAAACGUAAUAUGAUAUAAUCAACAAGAGUAAACUCUUCAACAAUAUCAGCCAAUAUACGGUCAACUGAAGCCAUUAUACAGUAGUAGGAAUCGAAGAAAUUUCAUUUUUUUUAUUGAGCCAGAGGUUGAUUAGUGUGAAACUUGCAAUUUUUAUCAGAAAGAACACUUUCGAUGUCUGGUGUUUCAGGACCGCUGGACGUUUGCGUUGGAGGCUCCCAAUGCAUCGACGGCUUGUGUCUGUGCCCAGCCGGAACGAUUCCUUCUCAGAACGGUCGUUGCGAGAAACCGACGACGACCGCGACGCGUCCGCUGACGCACGCACAACCGCCAGGUACAUUUGCCGUGGCGACGACCACACACACGACGUACUCGUCAGCCGAUUUGCUGUCGCGCCGUCCGCCUGCUUUCAUCGAACUGCCAACGCAUGCACCGCUAACCACCCCUAAUCAAGACGAGUGUGCAGCUAUCGGGCUGAUUUGCAAAGGCAAUACCGUGUGUCGAAACAAGUCUUGUCAGUGCCCUGAAGGCCAUGUCUUGCAUCACGACGGCUGCGUCUCGCCCGAAGAAGCCGAGCGUCGGAAAGCUCGUGGCAAGGCUCGUCAUCAAGGUUUUCUUGCUUUGCGUUUCUUCAUUGCGUCGUGUCUUUUUUAAACCAUUUGUUUCUUUGUCUUUGGUACAGUAGAAAACAAAGUAUUUUUGCAUUAGCAAGGUCUUGAGGGAAACUGUGCGAAAUUGUUUCUCAAGACUUUCUAGCGAGAGCAGUGCAAAGUACGAUUUUCAAAGUUCAUUGGAUUUCGUGUGAAAAUAAGGUUGAACCACUCGUCGGUUUCAUUACUGCAAACUACAGAUGAACGGAGAAAAUUCCCAGAGAAUAUUCGCAAGAAUAAAACCUCUAUCCUGGUGAAUUUUCCACAGUUCAUGUUCAGAAACCAGUUAAAAUGCUUGUAUGAAUUUUCAAAGCUGUCCUUUUCCAGUUCUGAGAUAAAAAGUUAGAGAAACAUUCACAACUAUAUAUUUGAUUUUUCCUUACUGUACCAAAGACUGAAACUGCAAAAUAAAGAUCGCAUCAGAAUAAAGCCACUUUUUUUCGCUUUUUUUGGUUCGACUUUUUUUAUUUCUUCCGAAUCGUGCAGUUUGAACUUUUGAAAUUAUCAAGCUUCUUUCUUUCAAAAUUGACAAAAAAACAGUGAAAAAGGCUUACUACCAUCACCUAUUUCCAAUUAGGGAUUGAAAAAUUAAUCAAUGUUUUAAAAUCCCACAAGCACGUUUCACAUUUCACAACUUUUUGCACUGUUACGGCUUUUUGAACAAAUUUUUGCUCUGUCAAAGAAAUGACUCAUCACGUUAUGUAUGCUCUGCUGUGCAUUUGAAGUGCUAUUUUGCGGCUUGCUCCAAUUGUACCAUUUUACAAAUUGAUGGUGUGUAAAUAGGUGUGUUUUAAGAUAUGAAACUCUUCUCGGAACUUCAGAAUUUGAAAAAAAUGCGAAGGACAUCCCGGUUUGCCCGGUGAUUAAAUGGAUUUUCAGCCAUCUUUUUGUAAAAAAGAGAAGUUCAAGGGAAGAAUGAUCCCUUGUCGAGUACAAACUCGUGAGGUAAUUCUGGAAGAAUUCUAAUAUUUUUGCCUUUACAAAAACUUGCUGUGAAUACUAGCUAAUUGAUCAAAGAAUAUUGUUUUACGUAGGGGAACCGUAGGGAAACUUUCAGCCGUCACUCAAGGAGCUACCGUCUUUGCUCGACCGCUGGGAGAUUGCAGCUUAGGUCAAAUUUGCACAGGGGGAAGUCAGUGCAGCCAGAGAUCGGUAAAAAUUGACAUGAAAAUCGAAAAUUUCUAUCAAUCUCAAGAUUUGUGAAUGUCCAUCUGAAAAACCUGAGCUUCGAAAUGGAGAGUGUUCGGCACCCAUUCAAAAAGUCGAAGCUGGCCCUGGGGAAAGCUGCGAUGAAACGAAAACGUGCACACGAGGAAGCAAGUGAGACUAAAAAGAACUUUGCUGGAAAAAAAAAAACAAAAAUUCAGUUGCGUUUCUGGACAAUGUCGCUGCCAGCCUGGAUAUAUCGCGAUCUCUGGAAGCUGUGUUACCCUUCCAAUGCCGACCACCCCUAAAAUGGUGGUCUACGCCAAGCCGCUCGAGAGCUGUGACAAUGGAGAAAUAUGCGAAGGGGGCGCCAGGUAAUUAUAUGUUUUCAUUAUGAAUUAUUUUAAACGAAUCUGUUUGAAAAGGCUUCUUCUCGCUUCAGAAAGAAGAGUAUUCUAAAGUGGGAAAAAACAGUCGGAAAUCCAGAAAUUCAUUAUUAAAUUUUUCCAAGUCAAUUUUCGGCCUGAUUUUUAUUGAAAAUAAGAUUUCCUGGAUUCGUGCCUAGGAAAUCAAUCUCUAUAAACUUGAACGAAAACGUUCUCUUCAGCUGCGACGACGACACGGGAAUUUGCAUGUGUCCACGAGGACAGGUCGUCUUCGGCACCCAAUGCAUGCCUCCGCCGACUCAACCACAAACUUCUGCCGCCUCAACAACUCGAGCUCAUCCUCCAGUUCCGGUCAUCACUCCAGCUCCUUCUGUUUGUGAGUUGAUUAUUAUGCAAACGUUAAUCAAUAAAAAGUUAUUUUUCUUUUCUUUAGGCCAAAAAUAUUUUUUUCCGGUAAAAAAUCCCUUGUCAAAAAUUUUAGAGUUGUUUUUUCAUUGAGUACAUCAAAUUUUAAGAUUCAACUGAGUGUGAGACGGACGCGAACUGUGGCGAUAACAAAAUGUGCAUGAUGGGCAGAUGCAAGUGCAAAGCCGGCUUCGUCGACAAUAAUGGCCAAUGCGAACCGUUGGAAGGUAUAUUUCCUCCCUAAAAUCUAAUAUGAGUGAAAUCCGAAUUGAACAUCAAGUGUGUGAUUUCCCACACGAAUUCAAACGUGUUGAACCUUUUGAAGUGAAUAACCAACUAGCAAUACAAAGCUUUCAAAAAGAGUAUCGGCUGUAAUAAUCUGAAAAUAUACUAACUUGAGAUAAAUGUGAAGAACAUUCACGGCCAACUUUGUGAAAUUCUAUGGAUAUUUUGCAACCUUUUUCUAUCUUUCCCGUUUAGUCGGCAAAAAAUUUUGUGAACAAUUGUUUAUAAACAGUAAUGAAAGAAAUAAUUAAAAUAGUUUUCGAAUUCAUACCAAGUUCUCAACGUUUUCGCAUUCAGUUCCGCUUUUGAUAAGCGAAUUGAAUACGAAAAGCUCAAUUCAGUUUUUUUCUGAGUCAGUUUUUAAUACUAUAAAUUGUAGAAUGAACGCAUACCUGAAAAAAAUGUUCACAGUUUGUCCAAACUAUUAUUGCGUGACGUGUUCAACACACUAACAUUUCAGCCAUUGACGCCGUCGAACGGCCCGUUCCAGUUUCCUAUGCCAAGCACAAAGUGGAAACCCUCAGUUCUGAACGGAUCCACGCCAGAGAAGAAGAAGAGGAGGAAGAAGAAAAAGAGACGACCACGAGGAGAGCUACGACAAGAGCUCCAGCACGGCAAGAAACGCAAAAGCCAAGGAUCGUCGGACCGCCAAUCAGACGUCCGAAGCCGAAAAACAAAGGCGGCAGCGGUGGAGGCACACCAACAGGAAACCGUGGUUCGGGAAGCUACAAGACGGGAGGUACCGGUAACGGCAACUGUCCACCUGGCAAUGAUCCGACGCGAGACGACAGUGGUCGCCUCAUCACCUGCAACGGUCUCGAACCCAAUUGUCCUCCUCGUUCCUAUUGUUAUAUCACUUCGGGCGGCUUCGCCACCGAGGAAUAUAAUUGCUGCAAAUCUUGGUAG